AUGGUCAUAAUCGUAACUCUACAGUGUUGGAUUGAAUACAAUAAAUUCUCCAGACACCCACUAUUGUGCGAAAAAAGUAUCAAUGUCUAUAUCUUGGCGGUUGCCGUGCUCACAUUCGGACUCGACACAGCACCCGAACUGCUCAUUGUCGAAGUACGAUUCUGUUUCUCUCUCGAGUUUCUCUUCAACUUUUUUCCAAUCUUCUCCAUGACUCCAGUCGGUCCUGGGUCUCCUCCAUGCGCCUUAACGAAUCCUUUCAUCCAUUUGACAGUAUCCUUCAUGGAAGUACGAUCUUCCCACUUCUCGUUCCAGCAAUUCGUCUGA